AUGGUUCGCGAAAGGAGAGGCCGCAACGGCACGAGCGACGGCGCCCGCGCAACGCCCUACGAAGGAGCGCGCGACAGUCGCACUCGUCGCCGUCGCGGUGGCGAUGUCAGGGGCCCGCGGGGCAAGAGAGGGGGCGAACGUGGCGGGCGACGUGGCGACAAGCCCAAGUCCAAGACCGCUUCGGAACUGGACGCGGAGAUGGACAGCUACUGGGGAAAGUCGGAGGAGCACGCGAGCAAGAAACUCGACAGCGACAUGGACGAGUACUGGAAGACGAAGCGCGAGAGCUCAAACGAGGGGGCCGAGGAGGCAAAGGAGGAGAGCAAUGGGGGAGGGGACGUGACGCAGGAGAAGACGGGCGAACAGGACGGCACUGCUGCUGCUGCUGGUGGUGAGACGACGGACGUGACGGGGCAGACGGUUGCGGACGUGCCUGCACCUGCUACGGACAAGUCGGCCGAAGAUAUAUAG